UACGCGCGCGGUGUCGAGCUGGACACACGUUUUUUUCCCCCUCCCAGUCCGUCGCUAUUACAUGCGAGUGAAGAAUUUAUUACUGGCUCAUUCAGUGUUUGUGUUACAUUGGCGACUCUUGUCAAGGAAGUGUUCGAUUCGAGAGCAGUGCAGUGCGGAAUGACGGCGAUCACGUUGGAUUUUCAAACGCGUCAACCAGUGUGGCACCCGAAAGCCAAUUAUUCGAAUUAUUAAAUUUUAUAAAAUCAAUCUUUCAAAGAAGACGGGAUACCAAAAUGUCAACAUGAAAAUCAUUUGGCAGUCUGGUCUUUUUUUGUUGACUCUCUUGGCCGCUGCGGCCGAGGCUAAACCCAUCGCACCGCGGGACUCGACUCCCCUGGCCGAUGUCGUCACACCAACUCGCCUGGUUCAAACGAUUCAAAAUUACAUGCCAGAAGUCUUGGUGUUGGUGGAACUUGUCAAAAAAGACGAUGGUAGACAAACGAAUCAAAAAGAGUGGGCCAAACCGCACGUCCUUUGGGUCGUCCAGCAGGACGACGGACCCGCGGAGAACGGCAAGGAUCUAGCGACAUCCGAUCCCAACAUUCUACUGAUGGUGGAAAAUUUCCAAUCGAAUCAACAGUGGUCAGAGUCCAGUGUAGCACCUCGACUGGCCCGUGAUAUGAGCCGGGAUGCUGAGCCGGACGAGCCCUCCGAUCCAGAGUACAUGGAGACGGGCACUUCGCGCGGCAAUUACUACGAUGUGUACAUUGUGCCUCGACGCAGCCGGGCACCUGAACCACGUCCUCCACACACGUCACUUUUACCCCCUCCGUCGUACAUGCAUACCGCUACACCUAGACAUUACAAUGCUGCCGAAUACAACGGCCAAAGCAACAGAGUCUCCGGCAGAAGUAUCAAUUCGCCCAUCGCGUCUCCGAAUCAACACAACGACGACGACGAUCCUCCCGAUUUUCUCUCGACGCUCGUCACCCUUCCGCAAGUGUGGAUGCACGACCUGAGCCACAUGAUUAUCCAGCCUCUGCGGAAACCGUCUUCCGGCGAACGAGACAGUUUCGAAUAUUUCGGAAUGGUUGGCAAGGCGCCCUUUAUUCAAUGUCCGCUCGGCUUUAAGAAAAGCUCUUUAGGAACAUGUCGUCCGGUAUUCCGGAGUCGCAGGAAUUAUCCAAUGAGCAGCGCUCUGGAACCAGACAAUUUAGAGAUCGAGUCAACCACCACGACGACGACUACCGUGGCGACAACGACGACCGUUGAGGAGAACGCGACCGCUACCUCUACCAGUCCGCAUUACAAAUAACUGGUUUAUACGUUAUACAAGUUGGAUCAUCGUUUUACAUUUACGUCAACACGCUGUUAGAUAUUUUCGAUUUUUUAUCACCCGCUUUUACUAUACUUAUGGUCAAUUUCGGUCAUUUCUUUUCAGUGUACGUAUCUUAUAACCGAAAUAUUUUGCAAAAAGGCUGAAAUUGUUCCAUUCCGAUAAAAUGACGAGUGUCGACAUUUUU